CUUUGUUCGUCGUCAUAGACGGGCAAUGUUUCCGAGGAAGGCUACGCCUGGAUCAGCAGCAUAUGACCUAUUUUCUCAAAACUCUGGCGAAAUCAGUGGUGGCGGUGUUGGUGUGGUGGAGACGGGGAUCCAAGUUAUACUGCCCCUCAACCACUUUGGUUUGAUUAAGGGGAGGUCAGGAUUGGCCGCAGCAACAAUGAUAUCCACAGCAGGUGGCAUAAUCGACCAUGAUUAUACUGGGACGAUGAAGAUUAUCUUGCACAACAACUCGAGCGAAAACUUCGCUUACAAAGCGGCGUCACGCCUCGGGCAGCUUGCAGUAAUCCCAAUGUACCACGGACCAGUGCGAUACGUUGAAGGAACUAAGAAAGACGAAGAACACGGCGUUCAAAGAAGUGAGUUCUUAUCCCGCGAGCCGCGCGGUGAUAAGGGAUUCGGUUCGACUGGACAAUAACGCGUUUUUGGCAUUGUUCAUCACUUCACAUAUAUCACUUCCAACUUGCUAACAAUUUUUCAUUUAAACUGUUUUGAAUUAGUUAAUUAAUUAAUAAAUUAACUUUUUAACCGUC